AUGAAGAAGAAAUGUUUAAGAGUUAAAAUUAGAAAACUAAUUCAUAAAAUUAAUGAUAUAGUAAACGAUAGAAUAGAUAAUUCAAAUAUUAUAGAAGACAAUGUGAUAGAUGAAGGUGAUAUAAGAAUAAGAAGAGAUCGAAAAUUUGCUAUAAAGGAUGUUAAAAAAAUCUUUGAAACUUUUAAUGCUGAGCCAUAUGUUUAUAAAGGUGUAAAGUUACAUGCAUGUGGAAAUCUUUUAGAUUAUUUAUUAAUAUUUGGAUUGAAUAAAGCAAUAAAUGCUGAUUUUAUUGAUUAUACUAAUCUUGGUGCUUGUACAAUUCUUGAAACUUCAUAUAAAGAAAAUUUUGAAAAUGAACAUAAUAUAAAAAUUUUUUCAUUGGAAAGUAUUAAUACUACUGAUUUGGAAAAUACUUUGAAAAUAUGUAACUAUGAACCUUUAGAAAGUAUUGAACAUUUUUUUAGUAAAAUGAAUGUUGAUAUAGUGGAAUCAUCAAAGAAUUCUUAUAAUAUAAGAUUGAAUGAGGCAAAUAAAUAUAAAAUGGAUUGUAACUCUGAAAUGCUUCGUAAGAGAAAGAAUAAAAUAAUUAUCAAUAGUUUUAAUGAAGAUUUAAGUGAACGCUGUUUUGUUCUCACUUAUAAUUUUAAGCGUUUUGAAGAAGAUAGAAAUAAAGAAAUUCUUCGUAAAUAUACUAAAAAAGACGCUGAAAAUGUGCUUAUUGUACUAGAUGUUUUGUUGAAAAUGUAUACGGAGGAGGCAAUUGCUCAAUUUACUAGUGUUUCAAUGAAUACCUACAAAAAAGCUGUGGAAUUUUUUAAAAAUUUAAGUUCAGUUUCUUUGUAUAAUGGAAAUAAUACAAAAUUCAUAGAUAAUAAUCAAUCUCUAAUGUUUGUUGAUAACACAAAUAUCGAUGAGAAAGAUUCAAAAGAAAAGUUUUACAGGGAUAACAAUAUUAAUUUUUUUCACACUGAUAAUGAGUGUAUUAAGGAAAAUAUGAAGGAAAGUCUAGAGAUGAAAAGUAAUGAAAAAAUAUUUACAACACUACCACAAGAAUUAAAUGAUAAUCGUGUAAUAUCUGAUUUAGCUAAAGUAAAAUAUUCAAAAAAUGGUAAUAUUAUUUAUACAUUAGAACCUAAUCUAUUUCUUAAAAAUAAUGAGUUAAAACGACUACUUUUUGAUGCAGAUGUUAAACAAUUAGCAAAAAUAUAA